AUGGCUCGAGGCAGAGGUCGAGGUAGCGGAGGUCGUGUAGGAAAGUCCUCAUUAAGGUAUGAUUCUACUGGUCGUGCAAACAUGCCUACCAUUCCCAUUCCCACCACAGUUAGUCCUCAACAAGGUGGUACACCACCGGUUCAAGCCUCAGAUAUCGCUCGAGGAAAAGGUCGAGGUAGCGAAGGUCGUGUAGGAAAGUCCUCACUUAGGGGUGAUUCUGCUCGUCAUGCAAACAUGCCUACUAUUCCUAUUCCCACCACGGUUAGUCCUCAACAAGGUGGUACGAGUUCCAUAGGUGGGCCAGAUCCUAUAAACCAUGUUCAAACUUUAGGUACGCCACCGGUUCAAGCGUCAGAUCACGGUAGUAACCCAACCAUCCCUGAAUUAUCUCCCAUUACACCUGAUCUGAGCAGCCCAGUAGAUGAGGGUACAUCAAACCAUAGCAACACUGUCAGCGAAGAAGAGUCCAGUAGUCGUCGUAGGCAGCGGACACUUACACUUGUUACUCUUACUCCUGCAGGGUUGGAACCUUCUAAAGAAUGCUCUAAUACCAUAUCCGCAUCUUUCAAAAAUCAACUUGAUCCCAAUGGAAUCAAUUGGAAAGGUGUCUCAGAAGAUACUAGAAAUUUUUAUUUUGGGGAAUUCAAGAAGACAUACCAUUGGGACUCUUCGAUUCCUGAGAGUGUAAUCAGAAAACAUUGGAAUACUAAGGCAGCAACAAAGUAUAAGAAUUUCAUUAGCAAAAUUAAACAAAAAAGGAUUAAGCCGGAUUAUGUGUCUGAUAAUGUGUGGGAACGUUGGUUGCAACUUUGGGCGGAUCCUAAGUGUGUCGAAAAGUCAGAAAUAAAUGCAAAGAAUCGGUGUGGAGGGAAAGAAGUUGCUGCCGGGACUCACACGGGUGGCUCUAUCUGCAUUGGGGAGCAUCGCAAGAGACUUGCUGUUGCAAAAGGUCGAGAUCCAACACCAGCAUAUUAUGAAGUUGUUGGGGGAACAAGGAAGAGAAGAAUAUAUGGUCUUGGAUCUCAAGCACAAAGUUACUAUGGGCCGAAUCUUUGCGUCAAUUUUGGAUUUAAUGCUUCAGCAUCAGCAGCACCUUCAACUUCUCAAUCAGCACCUACAGAAAAUAUGGAGGAGUUAGCACGCGGAGUGAUUUCUUCACCAUCAGAUCAUCCAAAUACUCCUAUCGACAAACCAUCAGUUGUGGCACCCAUAGUGCCUCUUCCUACUACUGCUAACGUUGACGAUGUUGAUCCUUUAGUUUCUGAUGAUGAUCGUUUCGACAAACUUACUGUUGAAUGUCCAACUUCCGGUAUUAGUAUCGUUGGAUGCUUAUUCUAUUGGACAGGAAACAUGUGGAUAUACAACAUGCACAUUAGAGAACAACAUAAUUCUCUAAAGGAUCUACAGGCUGUUACAAACAUAAGAGCAAAGAAACAACGAAAAAGGGCCAAAAAUGCCCUUGGACAAUCUCAAGGGGUCUAA